AUUAAUUUAAUUAGUAUACAUCCUAUUCUUUAAUGGCUAAACGUAAGAAUAAAAGGACCCCAAGGCGGAUACAUCGUCAUCGGCACAAAAACGUACUGUCUUCACCCAAGACCACGCGGAUGCUGCUCAACAAGUCGGCCCUAAGAACACAGGUAGAUAAUUCUCGCGCCGAAACGAGAAUCACGGCUCAUCAAACACAGCAAAUUACAGAAGCCGCCAGCGACAGAACCGCAAUGCAGCCAGAAGGUAACUUUACAGAGCGUUCCGCGAUGCCAUCAGCAGACCAAACUGCUCGAUUCAAGAAGUUCACAGAUGAUCGGAGCAGGAACUCUCCCAAGCGCUUGCAGCCGAACGCACAAAAGAAAAAGAAGAAAAUGGAUCGCAAAUACAUCCAGAAGCUGCUGAGCUCGAUCAAGAAGAAAUACCGGAUGAACAAAGGUCCGCACUUUAAGCGCAGGUUGGAGUUUCGAAACGAUCCGCCGGCUGAGGCAGUAUUGCCCAAGCCCAAGUUUUAUAGACCCCCGAAGGCGAAUGGGAGCUCAACUCCAAAUCAAAAUGAUACCAUUGAGGAUGGAGAAAUAGUUGAGGGACUAGAAAUCAGCGAUGAUGAUGAUGACUGCGUGCUACUGGAGCCCCCAACGGCCUUCAUAAACAUCGAUGAUGAUGAGAGUGAUGACGAGCCCUCUACCAGUGACAGAAGCUUCAAGGCUUGCAAGCGUCGUGCUGAAUUGCUUGCCUCAUCACCUCAAAUACUGUUCGAAGACUGCCAUCGCCAGACGGCGCUUCUAAGGACAUCGAAACCAACAAAUCAACUGCUUUAUUCCACCAUGGCCAAGAAGGCCGUGUCAGAGGCUUCCUACAUCGUCUCAGACGAUAGCUUCGAAAUGGCCAGGCCGAAGACAAGCCUAACACAUGCCGAUUCUGUCAUUGUUAUCGAUGACACUAUUACGGAGGAAGACUUCAUUCCGUUGCCACCCGAUGAUCCAAUACGGAAAAGCUCUAAAACGAAGGGAAAGAAGCGGAGUAGCAAGCGAAUGAACGACAGCCUGUUCACCUCUGCGGAAAAGAAAGAGCUUGGUAAGUACAAUAGGAACACCUUCAACCCCUCAGAGGAAUUGGAAGAGACUGACAACGAGCCGAAAUCAAACAAGAGAGCGGUUAUAAUCGAUGGCAGCAAUGUGGCCUUCGCACAUGGAAAUUCCAACAUAUUCUCCUCGGAGGGCAUCAAAUAUUGCCUGCAGUAUUUCGAUAAAAUGGGCCAUAAUGCCAAGGCUGUGAUACCGACGUUCCGCAAAAAUGCGACCAAAUCCUCAAAUCCCGAACUUCUGGAUAAGCUGCACAAAGAGGGUAAGAUCGUAUUUACUCCAUGCAAGAACUUGCCUGGUAAAAUGUCUAUCAGCUACGAUGAUCGCUUCAUAUUGCAGCUGGCGUACGAGUGGAAUGCAGCUGUGGUGUCGAAUGAUAACUACAGGGAUCUGAUAAAUGAGAAUCCAGCAUUCAAGAAGAUUGUGGAGACUCGCGUUCUUGGCUAUUCUUGGUGCGACAACAUAUUCAUACUCCCAAAGGAUCCGUAUGGACGCUGGGGACCGACACUUGAUGAAAUACUAAAAUGUUAAAUCCUUCCUUAUAUGUAUUUAAAUUCGUUCAGUUUAGUUAAAUAAGUUAUCUCAUUGAAGCUAUUUA